AUGGCAGAGAAGACUCCAGUGAAGAAAGCAGUGAAGAAGCCAAAGACCCCGGCAGCUCAUCCAAAGUACAGCGACAUGGUGGCCACUGCAGUGGGAAGUCUGAAGGAACGUGGAGAAACCGGCGGCGAAGAAAGCGACACGUCGGCGACGGCUAAGAAACCAAAGGCAAAGACACCCAAGAAAGCAGCUACCAAGAAAACCACGGAGAAGAAACCAUCCAAGAAAACUACCAAGCCCAAGACCCCUAAGAAAAAGGCUAUCAAGUCUCCGAAGAAAGCUAAGACAGACAAGCCUAAGAAAGCCAAGGCUGCAAAAAAAUAA